CCCUUACAAAGCAAAAAUGAAAGAGAAUCCUGCAGCUCAAUACGAGCUAAGAACUGAGAUCACACGUUCUCUUUCUCUCUCUACGUAUCUCUAGAGAGAAGAAGUAAGGCAGCCAUUGGUAGGAGCUGAGAUGGUAUAUAAACCAAUAUUUCACAUAUAAAUGCCUCUGAUCUCUCUUCUCUCCAUUAAUUGAAGCAACCCAAGUGAGCAACUAAAAAAGAAACAGAAACCCAAUUCAUUCAAUCCCACUUCCAUUAACAAGACAAGAUUCCGGCCGCAGACGGCGGCGAUCGCAGCUUCGGCAGUCAUCAUGACAAGCAAUGGGAUGGCUUUUUUUCCAGCAAAUUUCAUGCUACAAACUUCCCAUGAAGAUCAUGAUCAUCACCACUCUUCUCCUCCAUCUCUCAACCCAAUUCUACCUUCUUGCACACCCCAAGAAUUUCAUGGUGUUGCAUCAUUUCUAGGAAAACGAUCCAUGUCAUUUUCAGGAGCAGAAAUGGUGGAAGAAGGAAAUAACGGUGAGGAUGAAUUCUCUGAUGAUGGAUCACAGGCAGGUGAGAAAAAGAGGAGACUUAACAUGGAGCAAGUCAAAACACUUGAGAAAAACUUCGAACUGGGAAAUAAGCUUGAGCCUGAGAGAAAAAUGCAGCUGGCUAGAGCUCUUGGUCUACAGCCCAGACAGAUAGCUAUCUGGUUUCAAAACAGGAGGGCUCGGUGGAAGACAAAGCAGCUAGAGAAAGACUACGAUGUUCUUAAAAGACAAUUUGAAGCUAUGAAAUCAGAUAAUGAAGCCCUCAAAUCCCACAACCAAAAACUUCAAGCAGAGAUAAUGGCACUAAAAAGUAGAGAGCCAACGGAAUCAAUCAAUCUGAACAAAGAAACAGAAGGGUCUUGCAGUAACAGAAGUGAGAACAGCUCUGAUAACAUCAAAUUGGACAUCUCAAGAACACCAGCCAUUGAUAGCCCUCAUCAGCAUCAGCACCACCCAACAAACAGGCCUCUUUUUCCCACCUCCUUAAGGCCUCCAGCUUUGGCUCAGCUCUUUCAAACCUCCUCAAGAUCAUCAGACCCACCAAAGCCGCCACUUGAUAACAACAAUCAUCCUCAAAUUGCUAAAGAAGAAAGCAGCAGUUUGUCCAACAUGUUCUGUGGAAUGGAUGAUCACUCUGGUUUUUGGCCUUGGUUGGAGCAGCAACAUUUCAACUGAAUCAUCAUCGAAGUAUAAUAAUGUCAUAAUAUGAAUAUGUUUAAUUUAAUUGGAUUUUUCUCGAAGAAAUAUCAAGAUUUCUUCCCACCUCCUCCCCCCCCCAUGAAUCUGCAAUGUUUUCCUGAGUUUUCUUCUCUUUUCCUUUCAAAUCAACUUAAAAGGGUUGUGCUUUUUGGUGUUAGAUCAUUUGUCAUUGUAUAAAUUAGUGGAAUAUAUAUUUUCAGGUGGCGGUUUUUGAGAACCCCUUUUGGAGGAAUAAUAAAGUUCUUAUUUUUCUUGAA